AUCGGGCUGAUCCCGGACGGUUCCCGGUCAUUCCAGCCGCCGCAGAAGCUGACAUGACCAUGUCCUGCCUGUGCUAGAGCUGCCCCUCACUGCCUUGGUGAACCCCAGCCCAGCAUCAAGGAUGCGCGCCUGGAAGGCAGUGGCCAGCACGCUGGUGCUCAGCGGGGCCGAUGUGGUGGUCACCACGCUGCUCUACACCCAUGGCCGCAGCAGCCGGGAUGUCCUGCAGGACCUGCGGCACUUCAACAUCUUCAACUCGCUGCUGGACAUCUGGGGGGGCUGCCUCUACCGCAGCUGCGUGCUGCUGGGGGCCGCCAUCGGGGUGGCCACCAACACAGCCUAUGGCCCCCGGCGCCUCAGGGCAUCGCGGACCUUCAUCACCAUCGUCUGCCUCCUCAUGGGCAUCUACAUGAUGGUGAAGCUGCUGCUCUACUCGGAGGUGCGGAGGACCAUCAGGGACCCCUGGUUCUGGGGGCUCUUUGCCUGGACCUACGUGGCGCUGGCGGCCACCUUCGGGCUGUGGCAGCUUCUGGCUUGUGUCACCUCUUCCCGCGAGGCGCUGGGGCCUGGUGCUGGAUCCCGUGCUGAGGCAGAGGAGAGCUGUGAUGGGGGAACCCCACGGGACAAGCGGGAGGAGGCAGCGGGUCCCACCAUCCAUAAACUGCUGUCCUACACCAAGCCAGAUGCCUUCUUCCUGGGCAUUGCCUCCUUCUUCCUCCUCGUGGCUGCCCUGGGAGAGACCUUCCUGCCCUACUACACGGGGCUGGCCAUUGAUGGCAUCGUGGUACAGAAGAGCAUGGACCGCUUCUCCACGGCAGUGCUGGUCAUGUCGCUGCUCGCCAUAGGAAGCUCAUUUGCCGCAGGUAUCCGGGGCGGCGUUUUUACACUCAUAUUUGCAAGACUGAACAUUCGCCUCCGCAACUGCCUCUUCAGGUCACUGGUGGCUCAGGAGAUGAGCUUCUUUGAUGAGAAUCGCACAGGGGACGUCAUCUCCCGCCUGACGUCGGACACGACCAUCGUGAGUGACCUGGUCUCCCAGAACAUCAACAUCUUCCUGCGCAACGUGGUGAAGGCCACAGGGGUGAUCUUCUUCAUGUUCAGCCUCUCCUGGAAGCUCUCGCUCGUCACUUUCAUGGGCUUCCCCAUCAUCAUGCUGGUGUCUGAUGUCUAUGGGAAGUACUACAAGAAGCUCUCCAAGGAUGUGCAGAACGCCCUGGCCAAGGCAAACAACACUGCUGAGGAGACCAUCUCUGCCAUGAAGACCAUCCGCAGCUUUGCCAACGAGGAAGCGGAGGCAAACGUGUACUGGCAGAAGCUGCAGCAGGUUUACAAGCUCAACAAGCGGGAGGCCCUGGCUUACACCUACUACGUCUGGUCCAGCGGGCUGACUCUCCUGGUGGUCCAAGUCAGCAUCCUUUACUACGGUGGGCAUCUCGUGAUCUCGGGGCAGAUGACAAGUGGAAACCUGAUAUCCUUCAUCAUUUAUGAGUUCGUCUUAGGAGACUGCAUGGAGUCCGUUGGCUCCGUCUACAGCGGCCUGAUGCAGGGAGUGGGAGCUGCGGAGAAGGUGUUUGAGUUCAUCGACCGCAAGCCAACGAUGGUGAAUGAUGGGUCCCUGGCCCCAGACCAUGUGGAUGGGAAGGUGGAGUUCAGGAACGUGACCUUCUCCUACCGCACUCGCUCUGCAACACAGGUCCUGCAGAAUGUGUCCUUCACCCUGCACCCCGGCAAAGUGACCGCACUGGUGGGUCCUUCGGGGAGUGGGAAGAGCUCCUGUGUCAACAUCCUGGAGAACUUCUACCCUCUGCAAGACGGGCAGGUGCUGCUGGACGGGCAUCCCAUUAACAUGUACGAUCACAAGUACCUGCACUCAGUGAUCUCCCUGGUGAGCCAAGAGCCGGUGCUGUUCGCCCGCUCUAUUGCAGAUAACAUUUCUUAUGGCUUAACUUCAGCCUCCUUCGAGUCAGUGGUCCAGGCUGCCCAGAAGGCCAAUGCACACUCCUUCAUCAUGGAGUUACAGGAUGGAUACCACACAGAGGCAGGUGAAAAAGGAGCCCAGCUCUCAGGUGGCCAGAAGCAGAGAGUGGCAAUUGCCAGAGCCUUGAUCCGAACCCCCCCCAUCCUAAUCCUGGAUGAAGCCACAAGUGCACUGGACGCAGAGAGCGAACACGCGAUCCAGCAGGCCAUCUACGGCGACUUGCAGAACCACACAGUGCUUGUCAUAGCUCACAGGCUGAGCACUGUGGAGAAGGCACACAACAUCAUUGUGCUGGACAAGGGCCGCGUGGUGCAGCAGGGCUCGCACAAGCAGCUCAUGGAAGAAGGAGGCCUUUAUUCCAAGCUGGUGCAGAGACAGAUCCUGGGACUGGAGGGGGCCGGCGCAGACAGUCUCCAACCUGCAGCCCGGGGGGAUGCAGUGAAGGCGCCCGGUGGGCUGGAGGAGGAGUUCAGGAUAGACCAUUCCGUGGCACAGGACGAUUACAACAGCAGCGCUCACAAGUGAGAGCGGCGAUGGUCGGCGCUCCGGAUGCUUGCUGGGAUGCUGGGACAGGAGGUGGCUUGUCCGCAGAACGCCGCCCGUUUGCUCACACCCCCGUGCACACACCAACACACACUAUAGAGCUUCCUGCAUUGCAGCCCAGCAGGCUAAAUGCCGGCUGGUUUAAACAGGGAAACGGAUUCACCGGAGGGAGUUGGGUCUUUAGGGAUUCCCAGCGUUUCUGCUGGGUUUCUUUUCUUACUACCAGUAAUUCCACUCGACUGGGACUUUUUCUCCCAUCGAUAUGCAUGUGUAACUGCUAUUAACUGUACUGGAUGUCAAAUGCAUGCAUGGAGGGGAAGAUUGAAAACCCCUUCAGGAAUUUCAGGGGGUGGCUUUUGUGGCUGGAUAGAAAAACUGACUGUAAACCAAGGUUCUGUUCCCACUCUCGGUCAUUGGGGCCCAUCCAAAGUCUGCUGAAGUCUGUAGGGAGCUCCCUUUGGCUUCAGUGAAAACUGGAUCACUCCCAUGGGGCUGAGCACAGGGAGAGUUUUGCACUGAGUGCCUGCAGGCUCAGGCUCACAACCAUUGCUGCUGAGCUUGUACCAUGUAGUAACCAUCCUUGCUGGAGCGAGCCGGGGAACCAGGAGGCAGAUGUUGCUUUCAGAUUUGCUCUUGGUGCUUGGUGGGUGUUUGUUUUUAAGGGUGAAAAGUUUUACCAUAAUUGGGGUAGGUUUGGGGUUUUCUGUUGUUUGGGUUGGUUUUGGGUUCUUUUUACUCUCUUCAUGUGCACUGUGCAAUUGCCUGUCUCCAACAUCCACUGAAAAUUGGUCUCUUUUAUUUCAGAAUCUUUUUAACUCACAAACCCUGGUGCUGGUUUGAGGGAAAACACUGCUAAAGACAGGCACAAAAUAGUAAAAGACAGCACUUUAUGAAUCCCACCAAAGCUUUGUUCAGCUUCAGGCCACGCUGGUGACUUCUGCAUGGGAAAUCUCUAUGGUUGCUUCCCUUGAAGUCCCACCUGAGCUGCCUGAACUUUCAAAUGUGUUCCUUUGAGUAUUAUUUAUUAACUUACUUCUAGUAUGAGGGAGAGAGAGAACUAUGUUGCUCCUACCCCUUCUGGGUAAUGGCUCUGGCUUAGUAAUGUUAUCCUGCCAUAGACUGGUGAAGAAACCUAUGCAGCCAGGCAGGUGCUGUUGAAAACUAGCAUUUCUAUGGGGAAGAGAGACUUGACUGUGCGUAGUUAAGACAUUAUCUCAAGCACUUUAGCUCUCAUGUUUUCUGAUACCUGAAUGCUGCUGCUCUUUCCUUUCCAGCAGGUUUGCGUUCCUGUUGUUGGCGAUGUUUUGUUUCCAUUUAGUGAUGUUUUACAACCUCUUUAGUGUCCUUGAGGAGGGAUGCUCAGAAAAUAAAAUACUACCUCUGCCACUCAA